UUCUAUGUUUUCCUUUACAAGCUAGCCGUGGCCGACAUAACAACACGGGAGCGUUUAUAAUUGGUUUACUUUAGUUUUGUACGGGCACAACACCAUUGAUAUUUAUAAACAUUUUUUCCCCAAAACCAAAACCAUUAUCUGCAGCGAGGAAUAUCUGUUUUUAUGUUAAAGCUAAUUCUGUUUGGCGGCUCUCGGCGAAAGGUGUUUGGUCGCGUGUUGGUGACGCCACACUUUGACAUUGGCAAGAAGGCGGACACAGUACAGUAAUGGCUCUCCCCCAGUUUUCAAGAUCUCUUACUGGCCUCCUCGUAGAUGCUUCGUCCAUCGUCCAUCAGAGGACUUUUAGUGUAUCUGCUGUGGCAGCAGCCAUUCAGAAAUUGACAAGAGUGCGUGUUGUGGAUAACUCCACUCUUGGAAAUACACCGCAUCACCGGCCACCAAGAGUGAUCCAUGUCUACACCAAGAACGGCGUUGGAAAAGUUGGUGACAGAGUAUUGCUUGCCAUCAAAGGACAGAAGAAGAAGGCACUAAUCGUUGGACACAAAAUGCCUGGAGAACGCAUGACUCCACGCUUUGAUUCGAACAAUGUUGUUCUGAUUGAGGACAAUGGGAACCCAACAGGAACCAGGAUUAAGGUCCCAGUACCCACACAUUUACGCAAUAUGGAGGGAGACUACUCUAAAGUGUUAGCAAUUGCUGGUACCUUUGUUUAAUAACAGUAUCAUGCAAAUAAUUUCUUUACUUGUUGAUCUUUUCUUCAAUUAUC